ACUACCAUGCAAGUUAAUCUGUUUCAGUAGCUUUGUAUAUAUAAAGACACAGUGAGGGUUAUUGUGGUUAUGAAUAAAAUGAAUUUAUAGGUCUGUGUUUCUUUGCAUGCUGCCACUUCCUCAAAGUUUCUUCCUGUCUAAGAGCAGACAGAAGGCUCGUCAAAUAACACUGCGAGCAGCAUCAGGGCAGAACACCAGAAAUCCCACCAUAGUUAGUCCUGCAUAACUGCUUCUGCACAGUUUAAACAACGUAAGUGAAGCGCAGCUGCUACUCACCUGUUUCAGUCCUCUCAAGAUGUCCUCAGAUAUUUGUGGUGAACCAGAUCUAUCAAAGAAGGUGAGAUACAGCAGAAAGGAGCAGGAGGACAGAGGAGAGUGGGAGCAGAGGGAGGUGGAUAUCUACGAGAGUACAGACGACAUACGAGACAACGACACCAACUUUCAGGCACAUGAAGGUGGACCACAGACUCAGAGUCCUCCUUCAGUCCAGAAGGGCUCUUUCAGAUGUGCUACACUGGCUCUAAGAGUGCUGUGCCUCCUGAUGUUAGCUGGGAUCAUCAUCCUGUCCAUAUGCUUUGGUUGGAACAAGAGUGAAUAUGACAAACUGCACAACAGUUACAUCCAGUUCCUUGACAAAGUUUUAGACAACAUGAGUCAGCUGCAGAGCAGUUAUGAUACGCUGAGUCAAAACAACAGCGACAUACAGGAAGAAGUGAAGAAGCUGAAGGAGAAGAUUAAAGACGUGACAGGCAACAUGACUCAGUUACAGAGCAGUUAUGAUAAACUGAGUAAAAACCACAGUGAGCUACAGGAAGAAGUGAAGAAGCUGAAGGAGAAGAUAGAAGGAAAGUGGUGUCCUGAAGGAUGGAGGAGAUUUGGAUGCAGCUGUUACUUUAAAUCCACUGAGAGUAAAACUUGGUCUGAGAGCAGGAGAGACUGUUGGUAUAAAGGAGCUGAUCUGGUGAUGAUAAACAGCAAAGAGGAACAGGAAUUUGUCAAUGAAUUCGGAGGAUUCUUCUGGAUUGGUCUGAGAGCCAAACAGACAUCAGGAGGAUCUAAAUGGGAAUGGGUGGACGGAUCAGCGCUGACAGAAACGUUCUGGGCAGAAGGACAUGGGAAUCCCAGUUCUGGUUCCCGUGGAGUCUGCUGUGAUGAUUCUGGGAGAUGGACAGGGUCACAUUAUUCUGAAUCAAAGACCUUCAUCUGUGAGAAAUGAGUUUGGUGCUUUGAUGUAAAUGUUUGAAUAAUCCAACCAAAGACACCUCACUAUGAAAUGUCCUGCAUGAGCCUCAGACUCAGCUCACAGUUGUUACUUGUUCAUUCUGCAUCAUAUAUUGAUUACAUAUAUUGUCCCUCUGUGCUCUGUGCUGUACAGUAAGGUUGGAAGUCAUCCACACAAAAACUUGAAGUACUUCAUUACUCUGUAGUUCCAGCAAAUUGUUCUAAUAAAAGUCAAAGUGCAGCUUGUCUUUACUUUGGUUUACUUGGUUUCUUCAUCAGUCUGUUGGUCCUAAAACUACAAUUCUGGUUUUUAACCCUUUACAUUUAAAUUCCAGUUUAAUGCUUUUUUAUUAUUUUUACAAAGAAAAUAACAAUAACUAUUUUUUGUCCCAGUAUAAUGAAUAUUUGAAGAUAAGACUCUAAUCACCACCAGUGACCUCUGUCAAAGUUCAGCAACAAAAUUGAUUUGUUUGCAUUAAUAUUUUAAUGUAGUGUCAGAUUUAAAAUGUUUCAGUCUUCAGACAAAAUGAACAAAAUCUGUAAUUGUCUGCAGCGUCCCAAACGUGUCAGCUCUAAACUGAAGAUGUUUUGUGCAUUUUAACAUCGUUGUGUAACGUGUUGCUACAUCUCUGGUCACAGGCUGCCAUGUAGGUCACAGCACGGGGUACAGCUCAGUGUAGAUUUAACAUAAACAUAUAAAGGAAGGA